UUCCAGCAGUGAAACAUUUGUGCAGACUGUUUCCACAACUGUUUCAGUGUUCACUACAACAAGUGAUGAGCAGCAGACAUCGACUCCACAACCAAGUUUUGGCAGUACAGUUGCCUCGGAAAGUGUCCCAGUUAUGACAUCUACUGGAGAAACAGACUCAUUCUCCUCCUCAGAUCAGACCACGAUGUUUACCACAACAACUCAUACACCACACCACAUCACCUCUACUGAGGAUUCCUCUGAGAAAGCAACAUCUGUACCCAUCAUUGAUGCCUCAGAGGAAAUGUUUGCUUCAACAGAAGGCGUAUCUUCUGAAAUUCUAACAACACAUUUGGUCAGCAGUGGCCCUCCUGUUACAUACCCAACAGAUGUCUCCACUGAGAAGACAAGCUCUGAGCUGCUCUCAGUUCAAGCCAGUACAGACAAACCUGUUACAGCUUCCUCUGUUAUGCUUGAAGAAAGUUCUGGUGAUGGAAGUACAGACCUAUCCACUAAGCAGUACAUUACUACAUCAUCUCCAGUUUUCACAACAGAAGAAACCGCCUUUCAUUCCACCACCAUUCUACCAAUUUCCGUCAAGACAUCUAAAGAAAUAACAGAAGCCGGUCCUACAGAGUUUUCCACCAUGUCAUCAACGGUAGUACCAUCAGUCUCAGAAAUAACUACACAAGAGCAACUGACAAUAUCUGCACAAACCCAUUUUGAAGGUUCUGCUGAAACACCCAGUAUUCUUGCUGCAACUGACAGUCCACAUUAUGCAUCAUCACCAUCUGACCUUGCAACAGAGGACAUUUCUGGUGAUUCUAGUAGUGAGACAUUUGUGCAGACUGUUUCCUCAACUGUUUCAAUGUUCACCUCACCCAGUGCUGAACUACAGACAUCAACACCGCAACCAAGUCUUGGCAGUACAGUUGCCUCAGAAGGUUCCCCAACUAUGUCAUCAACUAGAGAAACAGCAUCAUUCUCCACCUCAGAUCAGACUGCUAUGUUUACCACAACAACUCAUACACCACACCACAUCACCUCUACUGAGGAUUCCUCUGAGAAACCAACGUCUGUGCCCAUCAUUGAUGCCUCAGAGCAGAUAUUUGUUUCAACAGAGGAGACAUCAUCUGAGUCUCAGACGACAGUACUAGUCACUAGUGACCCUGCUGGUACAGCAAAGACAGAAUUGUCCUCUGAUGAGACAAGUUCAGAAUUAAUAUCUAUUCAACCCACCACAGACAAGUCAGUUACACAAACGUCUGUCACAGUUGAGGAAAGUUCUGGUGAUGGAUCUACAGACGCAUUUACCAAUCAGGCCACAACAACACCUACUCCCUUUUACAAAACAACUAUGCCAGUUUCUGAAGAAGCAUCUGAAUCCACAAAAGAGCAGUAUUCUACAGUAUCUUCCAUCACAUCUUCAACAGUAAUGCAUUCAGCUUCAGAGACAACUUCGUCUGAACAGCUCACAAUAUCAGCACAAACAGAUGUUGAAGGUUCAGCUGAAACACCUGAUAUGUUUUCUGCAACUGAUAGCCUACAGCAUACAUCACAAUCUCACCUUGCAACAGAGGAUUUCUCUGGUGAUUCCAGCAGUGAAACAUUUGUGCAGACUGUUUCCACAACUGUUUCAGUGUUCACUACACCAAGUGCUGAGCAGCAGACAUCGACUCCGCAACCAAGUCUUGGCAGUACAGUUGCCUCAGGAAGUGUCCCAGUUAUGACAUCAACUGGAGAAACAGACUCAUUCUCCUCCUCAGAUCAGACCGCUAUGUUUACCACAACAACUCAUACACCACACCACAUCACCUCUACUGAGGAUUCCUCUGAGAAAGCAACACCUCUACCCAUCAUUGAUGCCUCAGAGGAAAUGUUUGCUUCAACAGAAGGCGUAUCUUCUGAAAUUCUAACAACACAUUUGGUCAGCAGUGGCCCUCCUGUUACAUACCCAACAGAUGUCUCCACUGAGAAGACAAGCUCAGAGCUGCUCUCAGUUCAAGCCAGUACAGAGAAACUUGUUACAGCUUCCUCUGUUAUGCUUGAAGAAAGUUCUGGUGAUGGAAGUACAGACCUAUCCUCUAAGCAGUACAUAGCUACAUCAUCUCCAGUUUUCACAACAGAAGAAACCGCCUUUCAUUCCACCACCAUUCUACCAAUUUCUGACAAGACAUCUAAAGAAAUAACAGAAGCCGGUCCUACAGAGUUUUCCACCAUGUCAUCAACGGUAGUACCAUCAGUCUCAGAAAUAACUACACAAGAGCAACUGACAAUAUCUGCACAAACCCAUUUUGAAGGUUCUGCUGAAACACCCGGUAUUCUUGCUGCAACUGACAGUCCACAUUAUGCAUCAUCACCAUCUGACCUUGCAACAGAGGACAUUUCUGGUGAUUCUAGUAGUGAGACAUUUGUGCAGACUGUUUCUUCAACUGUUUCAAUGUUCACCUCACUCAGUGCUGAACUACAGACAUCAACACCGCAACCAAGUCUUGGCAGUACAGUUGCCUCAGAAGGUUCCCCAACUAUGUCAUCAACUAAAGAAACAGCAUCAUUCUCCACCUCAGAUCAGACCGCUAUGUUUACCACAACAACUCAUACACCACACCACAUCACCUCUACUGAGGAUUCCUCUGAGAAACCAACAUCUGUACCCAUCAUUGAUGCCUCAGAGGAAAUAUUUGCUUCAACAGAAGGCGUAUCUUCUGAAAUUCUAACAACACAUUUGGUCAGCAGUGGCCCUCCUGUUACAUACCCAACAGAUGUCUCCACUGAGAAGACAAGCUCUGAGCUGCUCUCAGUUCAAGCCAGUACAGACAAACCUGUUACAGCUUCCUCUGUUAUGCUUGAGGAAAGUUCUGGUGAUGGAAGUACAGACCUAUCCACUAAGCAGUACAUAACUACAUCAUCUCCAGUUUUCACAACAGAAGAAACCGCCUUUCAUUCCACCACCAUUCUACCAAUUUCCGACAAGACAUCUAAAGAAAUAACAGAAGCCGGUCCUACAGAGUUUUCCACCAUGUCAUCAACGGUAGUACCAUCAGUCUCAGAAAUAACUACACAAGAGCAACUGACAAUAUCUGCACAAACCCAUUUUGAAGGUUCUGCUGAAACACCCGGUAUUCUUGCUGCAACUGACAGUCCAAAUUAUACUUCAUCACCAUCUGACCUUGCAACAGAGGACAUUUCUGGUGAUUCUAGUAGUGAGACAUUUGUGCAGACUGUUUCCUCAACUGUUUCAAUGUUCACCUCACCCAGUGCUGAACUACAGACAUCAACACUGCAACCAAGUCUUGGCAGUACAGUUGCCUCAGAAGGUUCCCCAACUAUGUCUUCAACUAGAGAAACAACAUCAUUCUCCACCUCAGAUCAGACCGCUAUGUUUACCACAACAACUCAUACACCACACCACAUCACCUCUACUGAGGAUUCCUCUGAGAAACCAACGUCUGUGCCCAUCAUUGAUGCCUCAGAGCAGAUAUUUGUUUCAACAGAGGAGACAUCAUCUGAGUCUCAGACCACCGUACUAGUCAUUAGUGACCCUGCUGGUAUGGCAAAGACAGAAUUGUCUUCUGAGGAGACAAGUUCAGAAUUAAUUUCUCUUCAACCCACCACAGACAAGUCAGUUACACAAACGUCUGUCACAGUUGAGGAAAGUUCUGGUGAUGGAACUACAGAUGCAUUUACCAAUCAGGCCACAACAACACCUACUCCCUUUUACAAAACAACUAUGCCAGUUUCUGAAGAAGCAUCUGAAUCCACAAAAGAGCAGUAUUCUACAGUAUCUUCCAUCACAUCAUCAACAGUAAUGCAUUCAGCUUCAGAAACAACUUCGUCUGAACAGCUCACAAUAUCAGCACAAACAGAUGUUGAAGGUUCAGCUGAAACACCUGAUAUGUUUUCUGCAACUGAUAGCCUACAGCAUACAUCACAAUCUCACCUUGCAACAGAGGAUUUUUCUGGUGAUUCCAGCAGUGAAACAUUUGUGCAGACUGUUUCCACAACUGUUUCAGUGUUCACUACAACAAGUGAUGAGCAGCAGACAUCGACUCCACAACCAAGUCUUGGCAGUACAGCUGCGUCAGAGAGUGUCCCAGUUAUGACAUCAACUGGAGAAACAGCAUCUUUCUCCUCCUCAGAUCCGACCACUAUGUUUACCACAACAACUCAUACACCACACCACAUCACCUCUACUGAGGAUUCCUCUGAGAAACCAACAUCUGUGCCCAUCAUUGAUGCCUCAGAGGAAAUAUUUGCUUCAACAGAAGGUGUAUCUUCUGAAAUUCUAACAACACAUUUGCUCAGCAGUGGCCCUCCUGUUACAUACCCAACAUAUGUCUCCACUGAGAAGACAAGCUCAGAGCUGCUCUCAGUUCAAGCCAGUACAGACAAACCUGUUACAGCUUCCUCUGUUAUGCUUGAGGAAAGUUCUGGUGAUGGAAGUACAGACCUAUCCACUAAGCAGUACAUAACUACAUCAUCUCCAGUUUUCACAACAGAAGAAACCGCCUUUCAUUCCACCACCAUUCUACCAAUUUCCGACAAGACAUCUAAAGAAAUAACAGAAGCCGGUCCUACAGAGUUUUCCACCAUGUCAUCAACGGUAGUACCAUCAGUCUCAGAAAUAACUACACAAGAGCAACUGACAAUGUCUGCACAAACCCAUUUUGAAGGUUCUGCUGAAACACCCGGUAUUCUUGCUGCAACUGACAGUCCACAUUAUACUUCAUCACCAUCUGACCUUGCAACAGAGGACCUUUCUGGUGAUUCUAGUAGUGAGACAUUUGUGCAGACUGUUUCUUCAACUGUUUCAAUGUUCACCUCACCCAUUGCUGAACUACAGACAUCAACACCGCAACCAAGUCUUGGCAGUACAGUUGCCUCAGAAGGUUCCCCAACUAUGUCAUCAACUAGAGAAACAGCAUCAUUCUCCACCUCAGAUCAGACCGCUAUGUUUACCACAACAACUCAUACACCACACCACGUCACCUCUACUGAGGAUUCCUCUGAGAAACCAACGUCUGUGCCCAUUAUUGAUGCCUCAGAGCAGAUAUUUGUUUCAACAGAAGAUGUAUCUUCUGAAAUUCUAACAACAGAAUUGGUCAACAGUGUUCAUCCUGUUACAUACCCAACAGAGUUCUCCACUGAGAAGACAAGUGCAGAAGUGCUCUCAGUUCAACCCAGUACAGACAAACCUGGUACACCAUUGUUUGUCACAAUGGAGGAAAGUUCUGGUGAUGGAGGUACAGAACUAUCCACUAAACAGGACUUUACUACUGCAUCUCCAAUUUAUACAACACAAGAAAGAGCCUUUGAUUCCACCACCAUACUACCAAUUUCCGACAAGACAUCUAAAGAAAUAACAGAGUUAUCCACCAUGACAUCAACAGUAGUACCAUCAGCGUCAGAAUUAACUACACAUGGGCAACUGCUAGCAUCUUCAGAAACCUCUUUCGAAGGUUCUGCUGAAACACCUGAUACGUUUUCUGCAACUGACAGCCCACAGAAUGCAUCAUCAUCAUCUCACCUUGCAACAGAGGAAUAUUCUGGUGAUUCCACUACUGAGAUGUUUGUGACUGUUUCCCCAACUGUUUCAGUGUUCACUACACACAGCAUUGGCCCUCACACCUCAACACCACAACCCAGUAUGGCUAUUUCAGAUUCCUCAGGUUUUCCACUUAUGACAUCAACUGAAACAGCAUCUUUGUCUACCUUUGAUCAACAUACCUCUCUUGUGUUUAGUACAACAACUCAUACACCACACCAUGCAAACUUAACUGAAGGAUCAUCGGAGGAGCCGUCAUCUGUGCCCAUCAUUGAUGCCACAGAGAAAGUGUUUGCCUCUACAGAACAGAUGUCCUCUGAGCCUCAGACCACAGUACUACUGACUAGUGAACCUAUUAGUGUGACGAAAUCAGAAGUUUCUCCUGAGGAGACAAGUUCAGAAUUUAUCUCAGUUCAACCCACUGCAGACAAAACAGUUACACAAUCUUCCGUCAUGACUGAGGAAAGUUCUGGUGAUGGAAGUACAGACACAUUUACCAAGCAGACCAUAACUACAACUGCUCCCUUUUACACAACAACUAUGCCGGUUUCUGAGAAAGCAUCUGAACAUACAACAGAGCAAUAUUCUACAGUAUCUUCUUCGUCAGUAAUGGCCUCAGCCUCAGAGAAAUCUACACCUGAACAGCCCACUGUAUCUGCAUCAACAGAAAUGGAAGGUUCAGCUGACACACCUGGUAUGUUGACUGGAACUGCCUCAACAUCCUCUGCUCCAACAGAGGAAUUUUCAGGUGAUUCUUCUACUGAGACAUUUGUGCCGUCCAUUACAUCAACCAUUUCAGUGUACACCACAAACAGUGCUGACAUGCAGACCUCAACACUCCAACCACAUCUUAGCAGCACAAUUGCCCCGUACAGUUUCCCAGUUUUUACUUCAACUGUAGACAGUACAUCAGUGCAUCAUGAGGGUAUGGAUGAGCAGACCGUUUUGUUUACCACAACAACUCAUACACCACAUCAUGUGAACUUAACUGAAGAUUCUUCUGAGGAACCAUCAUCUGUGCCCAUCAUUGAUGCCACAGAGAAAAUGUUUGCUUCCACAGAGGAGACGUCCUCUGAGCCUCAGACCACAGUACUAGUCACUAGUGACCCUGCUAGUACGACAAUAUCAGAAGUGUCUUCUGAGAUGAGUUCAGAAUUAAUCUCAGUUCAACCUACCACAGAUAAGUCAGUUACACAACCUUCCGUCACAAUUGAGGAAAGUUCUGGUGAUGAAAUCACAGAAGCAUUCACCAAACAGGCCACAGCUACAAGUGUUCCCUUUUACACAACAACUGAAGCUCUCUUGCAUAUGACAUCAAAAAUGCCCAUUUCUGAAGAAGCAUCUGAUCACACACAAGAGGAGUAUUCUACACUAUCUCCCAUCAUGACAUCAACACUAAUGCCAUCACCCACAGUGAAAUCGACACCUGAGCAGUUCACUGUAUCUGCGCAAACAGAGGUUGAAGGUUCAGCCGACACACCUGGUAUGUUGACUGGCACUGCCGCUUCACCACAUGGAACCCCAACCUCGGCCUCAGAUAAAUCGACACCUGAACAGUUCACUGUAUCUGCGCAAUCAGAAGUUGAAGGUUCAGCUGACACACCUGGUAUGACCUCACAACAUGGAACACCAACCUCGGCUGGAGCAGUUUCUACAGAGGAAUUCUCUGGUGAUUCUACUACCGAAACAUUCAUGCAAUCCAUUACCUCCACUGUUUCCGUACACACUGCACACAGUGCUGAAGUGCAUACAUCAACACCACAACCAAGUCUUGACAGUACAGUUGCUUCAGAACGUUUCCCUGUUAUGACAUCAACUGGGGAAACAUCAUUCUCCACCUCUGACCAACAGACCUCUGUUGUGUUUACUACAACAACUCAUACACCGCAUCAUGCCAACUUAACUGUAGAAUCAUCUGAGGAACCAUCAUCUGUGCCCAUCGCUGAUGCCACAGAGACAUCCUCUGAGCUUCAGACUACAGUACUACUGACUAGUGAGCCUGUCACUGUGACAAUAACCGAAGUGUCUUCUGAGGAGACAAGCACAGAGUUGCCGUCAGUGCGUCCCAGUGAAAACACACCAACAAUCUCCUCUCUAGUGGAAGAAGGCUCUGGUUCUCCUGCUACAGAUGUGCUUACUCAGAUGUUACUCAAAACAACACCCACUCCAAUAUCUGCAGGUGUUCAAACUAGUUCCCCUUCUGAUGAUAGUAAAAGCACCUUUCUUCCAGAGAUGACAUCAUCAUCAUCAUCACAAGUCGGUUCCACCACACCAAAAACUUUCACUGAGCAUGUCACUGACCUAAUUUCAAAGGGUGUUGAACUAAUAUGGAGCACAACCACAUACCCAGGUGAACAGAGUUCUGAAUCUACAUCAGGUGUUGGUCCAGAGCCAUCAACAACACUUAAGCCAUCUGAGACAUUCACAGAUUCAGAGACUGAAACUGAGACGUCAACGGAGCAAAGGGAAACCACCAGUACUCCUCAUGAGUCCACAUCAUCUGUGUCCCAGCCUACAUCUACCACGUCUCAUUAUUCAGCUUCAGUUCUGUUCAAUGAGUUUUCUACUACUCCAGAAGGAAGUGGAGAUGGAAGAGAAGCGUGGACAGACCCAGAUUACCCUAAUUAUGGUGACGGUUUCCCCACCGCACCUAGUAUUGUGUUUGCCACCCCACCACCAAUACUUGGACCUGAAAGCACAGACAUACCAGCCAAAACCACCACACAGACCAAUGAGGGCGUCACUGAGAGCGAGGAGACCACUGAAUCCUAUGAUGUUAGUGACAGAACUGAUGAGGCAGAAAUUGGGGAGACGGACAGCUCUACUGAGGUUUCAAGCGUUGAGUUCUCUCCUCAGACCACACCAUUCUCCACAUACCCUGACCUAUCUGAAUCCUUAAAGCCCGCUGUGACUUCACAAUCAUCAGUUGACGAUCAGGGCAGUGGUAUUGAGAGCACAGAGUUUGCAAGUGGAGAUGAUGGCCCAAGUGCUGAUGGAUCAGGUGAUGAAUCCCCUACACCAGACUUGUCCACUCAGACUACACGCCCUGUUGUCAGUACCACAGGCCCACAAAAGCAGCCUACAACAACAGAAGCCUUUUCAGAAAGUAGUGCGAUUUCUCAAGCCAGUAAAACCCCAUCAGACUCCUCAAGCACACAUCAGCCUUUCCCAACACACUCAACUACUCCCCUCAGUCUUUUCCCUGAUCAGACAACCAACGAUUCUCACCCUUCAACUACCAGCGAACCCACAGAUGACAUAAUUGAUGUUGAUACCAUAACAUUUUCAGGGUCAUCCUUGUCAUAUUCUCCGACUGUCCAAACAAAAGAGGCAGGGGGUAUGACAGCCACUCUAACACCACCCAUCUCUGCAAUCAUGACAGAGGAGUCGGAGGGUUCAGCAAUGGAUACUUCCUCCCCACAAUACCCAACAUCUAGUGAGGAGUUCAUGCCAAUCUCUGGAACACCUUCCACCUCCUCAGUGACAGUGCCCUUAUCUGUGACCUCGAAACCUCUAGUAACAAUUUCUCCAACAGUGGGCUCAAUCUCAUCAGAGGAAAUGGACACACUCUCAGAAGAAGAGGUCUCUGCAUCUACAACGAAUCUUGACACAUCUUCACUGUUUACUACCACAGUAACACAGUCUUCAAUGUUAUCAUUCACAUCUUCACCUUCAUCAGUGGAAACUACAGAAAACAAAGACCUUGCUACAGAAUCUGCAAGUUCUGAAGUGUCCUCAUCACCUUCGACUACAACAGCUAGUCCAAUGCCCGAUGACACUGCUGAGUCAGGCUCAGGUUUCACAACAGAUGAUUCAGAGUCACCAAUCACUGAGCAACCAUUUCCUCCCAGUACAACAGCAGAGACCAGUUCUGUCACCACAACACCCCACAUGCAAACAGAGGAAUCAACAGAUGACGAUAAAAGUAACUCUACAGAUUCUCCAAGCACUGAAGGAUCGACAUCAGCCUCAACUGCAAAGCCUGUUUCAAUUUCAGAUGACAGUGAAGAAUCAGGCUCAGGGAUUACUGAAUUCGAAGAGCUGUCAAGCACUGUGCAGCCCUCCGUGUCAUCAGAAGAACGUUCUGUUACCAUGUCACCUCACAUGCAAACUGUGACAGUGGCAACAGUAGAGAUGAAGGAGGAUGAUGUCACAGAAAGUCCAAGCACGGAAGAAUCAUCAGCAGUCUCCACAACAACGAAAACUGAGCCAACAGGUUCACCUGGUGAUGGCACAGAUGUAUCAGGUGCUGAUGAAUCAGAAUUGUCAACCACUGGAAAACCAUCUGUGCACACCACCACAGAAUGGACCAAUUCCAUCACCAUCACAACACCCCACACCAAAGCAGUUACAGUGGAAACAACGGACGAGGCUGAAGAUGAAGCAACAGAAUCUCCAAGCUUUGCUGUGUCAUCAGCUUCCCCUGAGACAGCUGAUCCAACUUCUGAUGACAGUGAUGGAUCAGGCUCAGGCUUCAUAACAGAUGAGUUAGAGUCAUCAGGCACUGGUCAACCAUCUGUGCCCACUACAACAGUACGAACCAGUGCAGUCACCACAACACCUCACAUGCCAACAGCAGUAUCAGAGGAAACGAACAAAGACAAUGCCACAGAGCCUGCGAGCAUUGAAGUUUCAUCAAUUGAGCAAAUGUCUGUGCACACUACCACAGAAUGGCCCAGUUCCAUCACCAUCACAACUCCACACACUCAAGCAGUUACAGAGGAAACAACGGACGAGGCUGAAGAUGAAGCAACACAAUCUCCAAAUGUUGCUGUGUCAUCAGCUUCCCCUGAAACAGCUUAUCCAACCUCUGAUGACAGUGAUGGAUCAGGCUCAGGCUUCAUAACAGAUGAGUUAGAGUCAUCAGGCACUGGUCAACCAUCAGUGGCCAAUACAACAGUACGGGCCAGUGCAGUCACCACAACACCCCACAUGCUAACAGCAGUAUCAGAGGAAACGAACAAAGACAAUGCCACGGAAGUUUCAUCAAUUGAGCAAAUGUCUGUGCACACUACCACAGAAUGGCCCAGUUCCAUCACCAUCACAACUCCACACACUCAAGCAGUUACAGAGGAAACAACGGACGAGGCUGAAGGUGAAGCAACAGAAUCUCCCAGCUUUUCUGUAUCAUCAGCUUCCCCUGAAAAGGCUCAUCCAACUUCUGAUGACAGUGAUGGAUCAGGCUCAGGCUUCAUAACAGAUGAGUUAGAGUCAUCAGGCACUGGUCAAUCAUCUGUGCCCACUACAACAGUACGAACCAGUGCAGUCACCACAACACCCCACAUGCCAACAGCAGUAUCAGAGGAAACGAACAAAGACAAUGCCACAGAAUCCGCGAGCAUUGAAGUUUCAUCAACGGUCGCUACGGCAACAAUCAGUCAAUUUGUAGAUGUCUCUGAAGAAUCAGGUUCAGAAUUGACAACAGAAGACACAGAGCCAUCAAGCACAGUGCAACCAUCUGUGGCAUCUGAAGAAAAUAUUACUUCCCCUUCUAACGAAUCAAGCAGUAUGUCUCCUAAAAUUGAGAGAGAUUCUUCAGAAAGUUCAUCUACGGAAGCCCCGGUGAGUCAUAGUAGCACAAAGUCUCCUCAGACUUCCACACCAGCUCAUGUGUCAGCUAGUGAGUUCACAACAGCGACAACAAACAAAGAUGGUGAAACAGAAUUACCAGACUCAUCAAGCACUCAGCAACCAUCCUCAAUCACUUCAAAACCCCUGGCAAUAUCUGUGCUAACAACAAGCUCCUCAGAUGAGUCUUCUGUCAGCAUACACCCAACUUCAUCUUCCUCCGAUCCAGAUGUGAUAGUUCAUUUGGUCACUACAUUCGUCCCUCAAGAGAUAUUGACACCCAAUGAAACCUUCCAGUCAGCCUUGUCUGAAACCACCUUUACUGAUAGGCCUCGGACAAUUGACUACAGUGCAUCAGACCUGAGUAGAACACUUGUCACUCCUUUCAUUGAGGGAGAGGACAAUGUAGAGGCAAGUGGAGGUCAAGACGAACAGGAGCCUACAACAGGCAGACCAGAGAUAUUCACAACCAGAAUCCCAGACUCAACUGAAGACUACGCUGAUAUAGACUACUCCAAUCCAGAAACGGGGCUUAUUGAAGCAAUACCUAGCCCUCCACCUGAGGCUGACGGGAAUCCGAACAGCCCUUCCCCAACGGACAUUUCAGAACACACAGGUUUCACAACUCUCUCAUCACCUGUCAGCGGCACUACAGAAUCUAGCAGCCCAAGGUCAAGCUCAUCAUCAGAAGAGCCAGAUGCUGAACAUAGUGGGGCACCCAGUGGUGAGGGUGAUGCAGAAACUACUGCUAGAAUGGAGACAGAGAUGUCAAACUCAAGCUCAAACUCAAGCUCUAGCAGCUCAGAGAGCAGUUCGGAGAGCAGCUCAGAGGAGAGGACAACGACUGCUUGGCCAUUAGUCAGACCAGAAAUGAGCAGCACACAUGUGCCUCAUGCCUCUAUGUCUACGAGUGGCAAAGAUUCUGUUGAGCCGAGCAUUGGACAGGUUGCCGUUUAUCCUGACCCAGAUGACUUUGACGUUAUCAGUGAGGAUAGAUCGUCCAACAGUCCCCCAACAGCCAGUUCAGAAAGCCAACCUGAUCCCGAGAAGGAGACAACUACGCCAAGCAUUGGACAGGUUGCUGUUUAUCCUGACCCAGAUGACUUUGACACUAGCAGUGAGGAUAGACAGUCCAACAGUCCCCCAACAGCCAGCUCAAAGAGCCAACCUGAUCCCGAGAAGGAGACUACAUCAGUGCCCAUGGCAGAGGGUAUGAACAAGGAGAGCACUGAGUCCUCUGUUCCUGUCAGCCACACCACCACAGUGUCUCCUACAUACACCAACAUUGAACAGAAUCCAAAUCCAACAGAUGACAGUCAGGGUCAGGUGGCUGCUGAAUCCACAUCACAGCCUGGAAAGGACGCGCCAGUCUCCGUUUCAAACAAUGCAAGAGAUGUAACAACCAUUGGAGAGACGGCAGACACCAGGGAAACAAUCAAUAAGGACGCCACAUCAUCAACGGAAGUGCAGUUUGUGAAGUUUUCCACCGCCACCAGCUCGCCUUUGCUUCUGGUUCCAGAGAACGGUGAUAACAACAAGGAGCAGCAGGUCAUCGGAGAGAUUGAGCACCACAUUCUCACUACACCAUCUGGACAUAUCACUGCCAUGCCAUCAGAAGAGGAUGAGAGCACAGUUAAAAAUACAGACAACGCGCUUCCACCUGAGACCACCAUUGCAAGUGAGACAACAUCUACACCUGAAACCACGACUUCAAUCCUCGGGGAGACAGGGCACCCAGACAUUGGAGAUUCAUCAGUCAUUGAAGGAGUUCAUACAUGUGCUGACAAUCCCUGCUUGAAUGGAGGCUCCUGUUGGAAGCUUGGAGGCAUCAGCACCUGUACCUGUACAGCAGGCUAUGGAGGAGAUCAUUGUGAAAUAGACAUUGAUGAGUGUCACUCGAGCCCUUGUCGCAAUGGAGGCACGUGUGUAGAUGGUCUGAACUCAUUCACCUGUGUGUGCCUUCCCAGUUAUGCAGGAGCGCUGUGCGAAGAAGACACGGAAGUGUGUAGCUAUGGCUGGCACAAGUUCCAGGGCCACUGCUACAAGUACUUCCCCCACCGUCGCAACUGGGAGACGGCGGAGAGGGAGUGCCGCAUACAGGGUGCUCAUCUGGUCAGCGUCAUCACGCACGAGGAGCAGCAGUUUGUCAACCGCCUUGGACAGGAUUAUCAGUGGAUUGGACUCAACGAUAAGAUGUUCCAGAACGACUUCCGUUGGACAGACGGCACGCCUUUGCAAUACGAGAACUGGAGGCCCAACCAGCCAGAUAGCUUCUUCUCAUCUGGUGAGGACUGCGUGGUCAUGAUCUGGCAUGAAGAUGGACAGUGGAACGAUGUGCCCUGCAACUACCAUCUCACUUUCACCUGCAAAAAGGGAACAGUGGCUUGUAGACAGCCUCCGACGGUGCUGAAUGCACACACCUUUGGCCGGCAAAGGCCGCGCUACGAGAUCAACUCCCUGGUGCGGUACCAGUGCAACAACGGCUACAUCCAGAGACACUUACCCACCAUCCGGUGCCGAAACGAUGGGCGCUGGGACCAGCCCAAGAUCUCCUGCAUGAGUCCAUCACACUACCAGAGGACAUACCUGAGGAGAUACCAUACCUACAACAUAUACAACAACCAUCGGAAGAGGUCUGACGAAGUUGCUCGACAACGCCACGUUGGUGGUAGCAGGAGGCACAAGAGGACAAGGCAGUAGCCAAUGUGGGCCCACUAGUUCUCAUGUGAACCCUUUCCUCCCCACAUGUGGGGGAGCUCGCCUGGAGGAUGAGGAUGCUUAAAAAAUAAUAAUAUAGAGGAGGAAGGAAAAAAGGCAUUUUUGAAUUAAGCGAACAUUCAUGUGCCUUUUUACGGCGACAAAGAGAUAUUUUUGUAAAAGCAACAAGGACUUUUUCGAAUACCCUUUCCCUCAUAUAAAUUUAUAUAUAUAUAUAUAGACUGGCUUCAAAUUCACACCAUUUGAAUUGUUCAAUGAGUUCUGGAAUCAGACAAUUUUUAAAUGGUGUUUGUCAAGACAAGUUUCAACACUUACUGCAAGUCCUGUCACCAUGCUGGUAGUGUCUCUCUCCGCUACAAAGAUGUAAAGUUGCAAUGCUUUAGUGCGUAUCGAAGAAGAAAAAGUUUGAGGAUCUGUUCCCUCAAAUCCAGUUAAGUGUCCUCCUGGGGGGCGGAUGGAGAAUGGAAAAAAAAGAUGACUGGCUGCUGUCCACUGCAUCAUUUCAGCACAGAGACACUGUUACAAGCACUGUUUGUGACAAGACACAGACAAGUAUAUCAAGCACACACAGAAGUGUGUCCGAUGAGAUCCUCUGAACCCCUGUACAAGAGCGGUGAUAAAACUAUCCCACACUCUCUCAGGCCACCCCAUUACUCAUCCAGUACAUCCGUGUCCAGAAAGAGGCCUCUGUGCAGUACCAGACAUGACCACCGGGUGGCUUGGUCCAAGGAACACUCUAUGCUUGCCUUUGUGUUCAAGGAAUCAACUACAUAUGAACUCCUGCUUUGUGUAUGCAAAGCACAUGACGUGGAAAUGUACAGUAAGGAGUAUGCUAUGGCAGAACUGUUUGACCACCAAAGUGCCUUUUUGUAGUGGCCCGUUGUCCUAAUAAUGGGCCAAGAAUUUGUCAAGUGUGAAUGAUGUGCCUUUUCCCAAUUUUUUUUUUUUUUUUCGCUUUCAUCAGUUCAUUCUGGGUUUCAUAUUUAAUAUUCACUCUUGACAGAUCAUUUUCUGGAAAAAAAAGUUUAUUCACUUCUAAAUGUUUUCUACUUACUUAAAAAGAGAAUGUACUUUGAGGGACACUCAAACAAGAAGAAAGACUUGAACAUAUAUGACUUAAAAAAAGAGAGAAAAAAGUUAUUUAUUCUCUAAGCUGCUCUUUAUCUUUGAGUUGUGUUGUUUUACCUAUCCUGAAAUGGCUAUGUCUAGCCUUCGCUUUGCAGUCACAUAGCCUACCAUAAAGAAGAAAAACAAAGGAAAAAUGAAAUGUGUAAGGGCAUAGACAUAGUAACCAUAUUGUUAUGGUACUAACAUUGUCAUUAUCAUAGACCACAAGAAACAUUAUUUGGGGUGGUUUGAUGGACCAAAUUGACAGUCUUGACCAAGACACAAUAUUGCUAUUAUGGCAUGACAGACAUUUUGUCUUUUCUGUUGCUCAAUGUACGACGGUCAGCCAUUUUCCCUGAACAGAUUUUAUACUAGCUGUGCCGCACUUACUGAGAGCAAUGGAGUGUUUGUAAUUGUGUUUCGUCAUUGGUUGUCAGAUGUGUUUUAUUACUAAAGUGCACAUAACAUAAUUUCAUAUUUAUAUCAUAAUUUGAUUAUUAUUAUGUAUUGUGAAUGUGUUGGAACGUCAUUUGAGAAAAAAAGGUAGUUGCCAAACAAAUCUGUGCUUGCAAUUUGUCACAAAGAAACAACGUUUAUUACAUUCUAUUCUGCCUGUU